AUGGAUUUUGACAGUGUUCGGGCAGAGAAGGAGGACGCUAACAAACAGAGGAAGCUCAAAACCUUUGUAAGCAUGGCAGCUCUGUUUUCGCUUCUGGUUCUCAUCUUCUCGUGUUCUUCUCCACAUGCCGGCGAGCUUUUCAGAACACUCAAAUCGGUUCUCUAUCAGCGUCAAUACGUUUUUCUGCUGAUGAACGUUCUGGUCCUCGCUAUAUACUUCUCUAAUCACAAGAAUGCUGACGUCGCACGGCCCGAUCUCUACGACGAGUACGUCUCCAAAUCCACCGCCGCAGCGGAGAUGAAAUCCGCGGUCUUGAAUCGCAACUCCGGUUCUCCUGUGAAGAAAAUUGGAAAUACAACCAGGGCCCUUGAUGUCUUUGCAGAGCGCUCUGCUCCAGCGACAGGGCGGCGUUACAGGAGGAGUCAAUCGGAGAGCUUUGAGAGGCGUACGGUGGAGCUGCAGAGAGAGCUGAGGAGAUCGGAGACGGAGAAUGGGAGGCGGUCAAUGGAGGAGAUGAGUAGUGAGGAGUUCAGGAAUAUAGUGGAGAGUUUCAUUGCUAAGAAAAAGAAGGAUUUGAGAGAGGAAGAUAUUAAAAUCACAGACUCGCACCCCCACAAUGAUCGGACGGCGAAAGGAUUGACUGCUCUGAAACAAAAAAUUGAGUUCACAUACCCAAGUAAAAGAGAACUUUUUGGGAUGGAUGUGCAGUAA